UCCCCGGUUGCUGUGGGACCCCUCUGGACUGGACCCCGAUGAGCCACAGCCCGCUCUGGCGUACCCUUCAUUAAGAUGGGAAAUGCCUCUGAAGCAUUUCUGCUGGUGUCCAGAAUAUCCAAAGGGAAUGACUUCCUCAUGGGAACCCUCUACACCGUCUUCGGUGUGCUCUCCAUGCUGGGGAACGGGAUCCUGCUCUUCGUGGCCUACAGGAAGAAGUCCUCCCUGAAGCCGGCCGAGUUCUUCGUGGUCAACCUGGCCAUCAGUGACCUGGGGAUGACCCUCACCCUGUUCCCCCUGGCCAUCCCCUCGUCCUUCGCUCACAUGUGGCUGUUCAACAGGACGACCUGCAUGGCCUACGCCUUCUGCGGCGUUCUGUUCGGCCUGAGCAGCCUGACCAACCUCACCAUGCUCUCCUGCGUCUGCUGGCUCAAGGUCUGCUGCCCCCACUACGGCAACAGGUUCUCCUUCUGCCACGCCUGCCUGCUGGUGGCCGGCGUGUGGUGCUACGCGGGCGUCUUCGCGGUGGGCCCGCUGUCGGGCUGGGGCGAGUACGGCGCCGAGCCCUACGGCACGGCGUGCUGCAUCAGCUGGGAAGCGCCAAGCAAAGGCGCAGCGGCCAUGAGCUACAUCAUCUGCCUCUUCUUCUUCUGCUACGUCGUGCCCUGCACCAUCAUCUUCCUCUCCUACACCUUCAUCCUGCUUACCGUGCGGGGGUCCCGGCAGGCCGUGCAGCAGCACGUGUCCCCGCAGAACAAGAUCGCCAGCGCACAGUCGCUGAUCAUCAAGCUCUCCGUGGCAGUUUGCAUCGGCUUCCUGGUGGCGUGGAGUCCGUACGCGCUCGUGUCCAUGUGGGCGGCGUUCGGCGACCCGACGGCCGUGCCGCCCAUGGCCUUCGCUCUGGCGGCCAUCUUCGCCAAGUCCUCCACCCUGUACAACCCCAUCGUCUACCUGGUCUUCAAGCCCAACUUCCGCAAGUCCCUGUGUCGGGACGUGGCCCUCUGCCGGACCACCAUCUGCGGUGGUCUUGGUCCGCCUGGCUCGCCGCAGAAGGGAUCUUUCAGGCAGUCCCAUCACUUGGAGGAGUGCAACUCCACCAGGAUGUCCAACGGGCUGCAGGAGAACCACGGGGCCUGCAGACACUGCCCCUGCCCCGAGAGAGCCGGCGGGGGGGAGAACUUCCCGGCGUACAGCCCCAAGCAGACGGCCAGGAUACUCAAAGGAUCCACCCACAGCGAGGUGGCCGUCAGCCAGCUCUCCAACGAGGCGCAGAGCGACUUCCUGUAGAUGAAAAAGACAAAUGAAGAAUGGAGGUUGAAAGACGCUACUUGCUGAAACGCAUUGAAACACCAAAACGGUUUUUGAUUAACCUUCUAAUCUUGUGCAGUUUGUGGUGUUUUGCUCUUGGAUUUUCACCCUUCGAUAAAAGUCCUGCUCCUCUAAUGGAAACAACACAACCACAAACUCAAACAUAAGAGAUUAUCGUGGCAUAAAAAUGUGAAAAUCUUUGAUAAUCUAAUAUUGCAAACCAUGUAAAGCUGGAAACUAUACAUGCAUCGUUUCUCCAAAGUGACAACAGGUGUUACUGAGGUUGAAGAACCUGGAGACUGGCCAUGAACUCAUUGAUCAAUUCACUUUCUUAAAACCCUCUUCCAGCCUCUCUGCUGUUCAGCAAAAUUCAGAGAUUCUUUUUUCAAAUGACUGUUGGUCUCAAAUCAGUCAGUUACAGCUUCGUAUUUGCUGUUAGGAGCUCAGAAUUUAUGUUUUCUAACAGAAUCUAUUGAAAGCAAAAAGGUUUUUUCCAAGGAAGAUUUUUUAAGCGCUUAUUUUUUACACCUUCUAGCUCGGAUAACAGGUGUAGUGUUGUCGAUUGAUUAGGUUUUAGCUCCCGCUGGCGGGUUUUGGGGUUCGAAGGGUUAAAAGAAGAAAGAAAUGUUAUAACUUCUAAGGUCAGAGUUGCCUCAUGCCUCAAAUAUGUGCCAAAAAACUGCCAAAAAAAGGACCACAAAGUAAAAAUCCAAUACUGGAAAAGCAGGUCAAACAUCCAAUCUGUAAUACUAGAUCAGUCAAUCACAUCUCAACUUUCUAAUGUCUCAUUAUUAAGUCCAUAUAUUUAUUGUGAGUGUAUUUGUGGGGUACUGGAUGCAUGCCUAAGGUCAGCGUAUGGAAUCAGCAGCAAAGAGCUGAUAGAAGUAACUAAAGUAACUGCAACACAAAAAUGCAUCGUCGAUUGCAUCCAUGCAUCCACGAUGCAAAAAGCCGUUUCAGUUAUUCAAACGAUGGUCCAAAAUGUAUCAAGUAAAAAUGAGCAUUAGAGGAAUAGAGAGUAAGGAUUCAUUAUUCUUAUUAAAAAAACCGAGAGAGCAGAUAAAAGAUCCUCGACUGCAGAGGAAAUGUGUCUUUGUGUAGAUUCAAUUGUCCAUUUAUCUUCUCUUUUAAAUCUGUUUACCUUUUAAAAAACAAUAUGCCAUGUGAGACGUGGGUCAUCAGUUAUUAGUGCCAAGAGGAAGGAUGUCCACAACCAGGACAUUCUCUCAUCAGUGUGACACACAAACAGCAGCAAAAAGACUGAACUAUGUUCCUAUGCAUGGACACGGCCGCUCGCUUUUGGAAGGGGGAGGGAUUUCUACAUGAGAGACAUCAGGCUCUGCAUCAAAGCCUCUCCACACCAUUUGGAUCAAAAAUGCCCAGCGAACAGAGUCAAGUUAACCUUUCUGUAGGAUCUGGUGAGCAGAGUUGGGAGAGGACGGUGGUUUAGGAGUAAGUCUUAGUAAUAUGAACACUACCUCUUGCAAUGCCACUGUAUACGAGUCGUGUGGUCCUGAGUCCCCCAAAAUGACUCCGGCCUCGUAUUAACUCGUCUCACAGGCCACGACUCUUGCAUCCUGUUACUUUUGAAGUUUUCUACAUACCUUUUUACGGGAUGAAAGGUAAUUUGGCAAAAGUGAGUCACUGCAACCACUACAGGUCCUUGAGCAUAAAGGUUAGCGAUGAGCGUUGGACAGACACACACACACACACACACACACACACGGCCGAUUGCAUGGUCAUCCUUCACAGAGAUGUAAAGUCAAUGGAGCAUAUUUUGUGAAUUCAAUGUCCGAACAAAUCCAGCAGACCAAAUUCCGCGCCCCUUUUUGUCCACAUUAAGGCGGAGCUGUCGAUCGUUGACCAGAGGUUCACUGAGAUGUGACCUCCAGAAAGCCCCCCCCCCCCUUUAAAAGAGAACACAAACACGCCUUUUCACUGAUGUACGCAGCCAUUGAUCUUUUUCAAGACGUGUUGAGACAGUACCGGUUUCAUCUCUGUAUAUAGCAUCUGCUGCACGGUACCGUGCUUCUCCCAGGAGAAGCUCUUGUCAUUUUACCCCCCGGCUCUGAUCUGUGAAGGGCGGGACAGGAGGAUGAGCUGGAGCGUGGGUGAAGUUCAAAUGUCCCGCUGGAUCCAAAGGUUUCACACAAAACGCUCGGUUCCCUGGUUGUGCCACUAUGCAGCUUACCAUUAAACACACAUAUCAAAGACUGGACAGAAGUAAAGAAAGAAAAGAAAAUCAUUACUGUGAAAAUCUGACUCAGAAGUCUCCUUUUUCUACUGAAGGAACACUUGCAAGAACCAGGGAGUAUAUCUUCUGAGUCACAAGCCAUUCCGACCCGCGUCCUCUCCACUGGCUCUUCUUACUUCAGUCAGAGUUCAGGGAUAUUAAUGUAGAUGUUGGUUUGCAUGUAUGUCGAUGAUAUGUGUAUGUAAAGAUGCCAAAUAAGAUUCAUCUAUUAUACUGAAUAAAAGCCUCAAAGUGUAUAUAGGGGAUGGGGAAAGCCCUGGUUUCUUAAGAUGGGGGGUCCAUCUAGGACUUGGUGGCUUUGAAAGGGUUCCUCAUAGCGUUUCCUACUACAGGGUUUUAGUGCAGAACAGGGUCCCUGUAGCUCCGCUGAAAGGUAAGCGAGACUUUGAACGAAGUCACAUGUCCCAGAGCCAUGAAAGCCACUAAAGCGCCGCUUUGUUACGGUGCACAUGCAGCUUCAAUGAAGGUCCCGGGUUCUACCUCCCAACUGAUGAUGGAAUGUACUUGUGAGUCUUGUUGUCCGAGAGUUGAAUUGGAGAUGUGAAGCAUUCGUUAUUGAGGUGAUCAGAAGCGGAAGAGAAAUGAUCACUUUAGUUGAACAUUAUAUGAGCCGUCUUUUACAUUUAUGAAUCUCAGCCGCCAAGAAGCAGAGUCUUGAGUCUUGGUCUUGGAGACGUGGGGCUGCAGCAGCAGAAAUGCUUCACAUAUUGAAAGUGGGGGACAAUCCUUUACUGGAUUUAUCCUCCCAGCCGACGGUGGGUCUGCAUUCUGUGAUUAACGCCACGCGUAUCCUGAACGAGCCCCCCCCC